UGCUCAUGUCUAGGUAGGGAAACCAUAAACCGUCAAAAAAGGUAGGGUACAUUGGAAACCGUGGGCUCAUCACGUGAUUAUACACCUCGUGUACCCAUAGAAACAGAUCGCAAUACACAACCGUGGAAGCGUGGAUAGCUGCUAAUGUAAGCCAAUUUUAGCUAGCUAAAUAAAAACAAUAAUACAAAAAACACUUGUCUUGUUAGGUAGCUGGAUUGGUAUCGUAAUGCCACUGAACUAGACUUCAUAGUAGACCGGAUAAUCUGAUGAUAUUAAUAUGGAUGUGGAGGAGACAGAUAAUCAGAAAGAGAUGAAGAGGGAAGAAGAAGGAGGGGAGGGAUAUAGAGAUGGAGACCUACAGGAGUCUGAGGAUGCCAUGUCAAACAACGACAUAAUCCCCUCAGUUUGUUCACUCAGGCCCGAGAUGGGUACAGAGGAGGAGUUCCCCACAUCAUACAAGGAAAACUCACCACAUGAGAACCAGCUGCUGGAAAUGGCAGAGAACUUCCGCUGCCAGUACGUCCACCUGCACCCGGAACGCAAACCCCUAUUGCUCUGUCCACUCAACGAGUGUGGGACCAAGAAAUUUGUGAGCACAACUCUGCAACCCACUCUUCUCUCGUACCCUGAGCUGUACAACUGGCAUGGGUGUGCCAGCUUUGUGUGUGACCACCUUUGUCUGGACCCACUUGACCCUCCCAGCAGCCUGCCCAGGCAGCUCUUUUCCCCCACCUGGGUGCUGCAACAUCAGAGGGGAAGCAGCUUCGAUUUCUCCACCCUUCUGUGUUCCUUCCUGCUGGGAGCUGGGUAUAAUGCCUACUGUGUCAGUGGCUACGCGGUUAAAGAGAUGUGCCUGCUCGACCAGUCCCGCCAAGACUGCCCCCUGAAAGUCAGACAGGAGAAGGAGUGGGUGGAGGAGGAGAAGAAGCAGUCUAAGAAGUACUCCGUGAAGCCGCCGAGAGACCUACGCAGUGGGUUCCAGAAGCAACAGGAGGCCCGACGGCAGGCCGAAGUUGAGGCCAUGAUGGCGCAGAAAAAGGAGGAAGAGGAGCGACUCAGAGAGGAGCGUGAGCGCCCCCCUCCAGACCCGCUGCUGGGCCAGCGGGUGCACUGCUGGGUUCUGAUUCUUGCGGGCAGCCGGGAAGUUCCGGAAAACUUCUUCGUCGACCCGUUAACCGGGAAGAGCUUCUCCACCGGUGACCCUUCCUUCCUGGGGAUUGAGAGCGUGUGGAACCACCAGAACUACUGGGUCAACAUGCAAAGCUGCCAUAAUGGCUGUGCGGAGAUGACCUUUGAUCUGAGUGAUGCGACAAGGUGGGAGUUCCUGUUACCAGGGGACAUUGCGCUUCUCAUAUCUGCCAUGAAGAUACAGCAAGAGUCUGAGGAUCUGGAAGAGGAAGAGGAGGAGGAGGAUGAGCCCAAGGUCUUUGAGAUGCCUCCAACCUGGGUGAAACCAAUCGCGAUCUCACAGAAAGACAUGGAGACGCGUUGUCCAGGAGGGAAGAAGGUGAUCAUGUACCGGAAGGCCAAGCUGGAGAAGUUCGCUCCCUACCUGCUGCAUGAUGGAAUGGUCACAUGCCUAACCACCUUCACUGACCUGGAAUGCAUGCAUCCCAGCGCCACGCGUCAGUGGUUCCAGAACAGACAGGACCGUCUGGAGGAGCGUGAGCUGGACGUGGUCACCAACAUGACUCUGGAGCGGUUUCGGCCAGGGCGGAGCCACGCCCUCAAGACCCACAGGUAUGUGACGAUGGAACUGGAGACGGAGCGGCAGAUGGAAUUCCACAGCCACGCCCGUGCGGACGGGCUGGCCGAGAGGCAGGAGCUCCCCUCCGAGAUGACGGAGAGCUUUCAGGAGCGGUCGGACUUCCUCUACUACCGUCACGUGAUCUUCCACGAGCGCCUGGAAAAAGCCGUGGCUAAAGAGCUCCAGGAUCAGGAGCACCGUCAUGUAAAGAAGAUCGUGGAGAAGUUCCACAGGGACCGCUCCAAGCCCGCCGACGAGGACGUGGCGGAGCGCGUCUUCCUGGUGUCCGAGAACCGCAUCGAGCUGACGUACCACCGCGAGGACGACCGCAUCACCGCCGCCUGGCGCAGCUUCGUCAAGCCCAGCAACCUGGGCGACACCAAGAACCAGCAGCCCUUCACCCCCGAAAUGGUCUCCAUCUACCAGGUGGACCCAUUUGAAAAGCCCAGUAAGCACCUCUGUAUGUAUGAGCUGCUGGUUGCUCUGACGAAGGAGGAGGAGACGGUGGUCCACCGCGUGAUGGAGUCUGAAGCAGAGGUGUGGGAGAUCCUGGCUACGCGGGUUCAGGAGGAGAGCAACAUGGAGCUGCUGAUCUCCAUCUACAACACAGCAAGGAACGAGAAAGCACGUCUCCACCGGGAGGCGCUGGAGCGCAUGGCGAAUGAGGAGCGUUUGCGCCAGGAGGAGAAAGAGCUGGACUUCCUGGUGCCGUUCCUGAAUCGUCUGGACACCCCAGAGAUUCAGUCCCGACAGCUAGCGCUGCAGCUGCGGAACGACUGCCUGGCUGCCUUGAAGCAACAGAUCAUUGACAAGACCAACUUGAUCCAGGCUCGUUUCGAGAAGGAAACCCAGCAGCUGGAGGAGAAGCAGCAGUGGUACCAGAAGAACCGGCUGUCCAUGACCAAGCAGGACGAGGAGGAGUACCUGUCCUUCUGCUCCAAGGCCAUGUUCCAAAUCCACACCCUAAAACUGCGCCUCAGCAGGCAAAAGGAGGAAGCCCCACAGAAGUACCAGCUCCUGGACCAGACACUGAGACAAGACCCAAGACUGGCCAGGUUUCUUUGAAGAUAUCCACACUGCACAGACCCAAAACCAGACACACUGCAACUUCACAAUUGAAACACCCUAUCACAUGGUACCCUAUCUCCCGGUACCCUCCCAUCACCUGAUACGCCUUUCAUUUCAUAUGACCUUCAGAAUACUUCCUCAUCUACACACUUCCCCAAACAGUGGAUCCAUAGCAGCUCUUAUUAAAAGUUUAUUUCCUAUG